AUGGCCGAGGAGAGGCUGACAGCAAAACAAACAAUCAACAACUCAACUUAUGUCUACAACACGCUGUUUUCCCCUCAUCAGGACUUCGUGUACGGUUUCCAGAGAUGGAACGUGAGUUUUGUACGCAGCGACCGUCAUAUUGGCGCCUUCCUCAAGCUUCAGACACCCUCCCAGGGACUCCGCUGUCGCCUCGACUUCUCCUUCACGGUCGUGAACAGGGACCACUUCACAAAAAAUGUGAGUUUCAUUGAGAAAAGCUGCGAGUUCUCGCCGGAGACUAACGUUUUUGGCAGAAAGACUUUCAUUGAGAUAGACGAUUUGAUCAAGCGCAACUUCCUCCACGAGUCUGGAGAUCUUCUGGUGGAGGUCGAGAUGCGGAACAUUCACAGCAUCUACGAGUGCUUUAUGCGCUUACCAAAAGAAGGCGGGGGGAGUGGCGGUUCUAGGCAUGGAUACGGCGACCGUAUGGAGUCAACGUACUUCAUGUUCGGCCUGUCUGAUUGGAGUAUUUCACUUUUCCCCGACAACAGCGUAGCUGAGGCGGACGGGAGCGUGGAAGUUCAGCUUCAGCGGCAUACCAGCUUUGACCAUCUGUGUUACGUCCGGUACAGGAUAAUCUUGGGAGACGAGGGGACCUUCGAUUCCGGUGACUUAGAGCAGGUCCUCGACGCCUCUGGGGUCGGGGAACCUUUCACGAUCGGUGCCUCAGUCCACAGGCUGUCACGUGGUCGGUCCACGCUCAGGGUGAAGGUAGAGAUGAUCUCCGUGGUGUCCGUCAGCGAGGUGUACUUGAACGCUUUCUCCAGAAGCAACAAUCAGAGUCGGGCGCACUUCUACGACCGCGACAAGCAGGCGUGGAUGGUGGAAGCUGACUCUACGGGGAAGUAUCUUGCCUUCCGCCUCUUCUACACGGACAUCUCGCACGUGCCUCGGAAGUUCUCGCGGUACGUCGGGUGGAACUUCCGGAUCAUCUCCAAGGCGACGAACGCCAGGGCGAAAAGAGCUCUGGACGGCCCGUUCAGCCGAUACUAUGUGCAGCAGGAGGCGGACGAUGGCUGCGUCAUCAGGACUGACGUCACGCUGGAGGAGUUGAAGGAGCCUGAGUGCCCGUAUAUGGACACAGACGACCGGAAGUUGACUCUCCACAUCGAAUGGCUCGACUCACAUCUGCUCAUCAACCCAAACUACACAAAUCUUGAUGACGUGGGAAGGUUGCACAAGCAUCAAAUGUCUCGAGAAAUUCUGGCCCUACAGGCAGAAAACUAUGCACUGGAGAAACAAUUGUACAGCUACCAGCAAUCCCUGGCCAAGACAAGCGCCAAGGACGGUCCGUCCAGCCGGAACACAAGCCGGGCCAACUCUUAUGACGCAGGGCCCAGAGCGUGAUGACGUCAUAGGACAAUGGCUGGGUGUUCAAGUUAUUGAUAGUAUUGCUGUGUUGCAACAAUAAUACGUGUAUAUGUAAUAUCAUGUAUACUUAGUGUACUAUUGACGAUUUUGUCGGCCAUGCGUGCGUUUUUACUCACUCACUCUAUCUGUCUGUCUAU